GAAGGCGAUGGCGGGUGCGAUGGAGGAAAGAACGUGUAGCUCUGAUUCUGUCUCGUCCAUAAGCAUCGAUGUUACACCAGACAGCGAAGAAUCGGCACUGAACACGGGCAAUGGACACCGCCUGGAUCAAGAGCACAGAUUACUGAGCUCAUCUAACACUACGGCAACAGAAAAUGCAGAUACUUCAUCAGCAAACAGAGGAACCAAGAGGAAAGCCGUUGAUCAAGACACCAGACACCAGACCCCAGCGAAAAAAAAAGUGGACACUGGCCAUGACUUUACUGAUAACAUGAAAUCCCAAUGUAAAGAAGAGCAGGAACACAUCCCGAUAAUAAAGAUCAGUUCAGUCUGUUCAAUGGCCUCGCCUAAUCCAUCUCCUGACAGACAGAUCUGUAGGCUGUCAAAGAAAAACAUGGCCUCCGCACCAGAGUUAAAAGUCGGCCAGAAGCUGAAUGAGGGAAAGACGAAGCAGAUUUUCGAGCUUGCGGACCAGCCCGGACUUGUUCUGGUCCAGUCUAAAGACCAGAUCACUGCUGGGAAUGCCGUGAGGAAAGACCAGAUGGAGGGAAAGGCUGCCAUCGCCAAUAGAACCACGAGCUGCAUGUUCAAGCUGCUGCAGGAAUCUGGCAUUAAGACUGCCUUUGUGAAGCAGCACUCGGACACAGCGUUCAUUGCAGCCCACUGUGAGAUGAUUCCUAUUGAGUGGGUUUGUCGGAGAGUGGCAACCGGAUCCUUCCUCAAGAGGAACCCAGGAGUCAAAGAAGGCUACCGCUUCUCCCCCCUGAAGAUGGAGAUGUUCUUUAAAGAUGAUGCCAACAACGAUCCCCAGUGGUCGGAGGAGCAGCUUCUGGAGGCCAAGUUCUGUCUGGCUGGGCUAACUAUCGGCAAGUGCGAGGUGGACAUCAUGAAUCGCAGCACUGUGGCCAUCUUUGAGAUUCUGGAGAGGGCCUGGGCCACUCAGAACUGCACGCUGGUGGACAUGAAGAUUGAGUUUGGUGUGAAUGUGAAGACUCACGAGAUUGUCCUCGCCGACGUUAUCGACAACGACUCUUGGAGGCUGUGGCCUGCCGGAGAUCGAAGCCAGCAGAAAGAUAAGCAGGUGUACCGAGACCUUAAAGAAGUUACCCCUGAGGCGAUGCAAAUGGUGAAGAGGAACUUUGAGUGGGUCUCUGAGAGGGUCAAGCUGCUGUUGGUGUCCCAGGCCAGCGGCAGGGUGGUCGUUCUGAUGGGCUCCACCUCAGACAUGGCUCACUGCGAAAAAAUCAAGAAGGCUUGCACCUCCUACGGGAUUCCCUGCAUCCUGAGGGUCACCUCGGCACACAAAGGUCCAGAUGAGACCCUCCGCAUUAAAGCAGAAUACGAAGGUGACGGCGUACCCACUGUGUUUGUGGCUGUGGCUGGCAGAAGUAACGGCCUCGGCCCCGUCAUGUCUGGAAACACGGCUUACCCCGUCAUCAACUGCCCACCUCUCACUCCAGAUUGGGGUGCACAAGAUGUUUGGUCAUCCCUUCGUAUGCCAAGCGGUCUCGGCUGUUCCACGAUCCUCUCCCCCGAUGCUGCCGCUCAGUUUGCCGCACAGAUCUUCGGGCUGACCGAUCACCUGGUGUGGUGCAAGCUGAGGGCCUCCAUGCUCAACACCUGGGUGUCUCUGAAGGUGGCUGACAAGAAGCUACAGGCCUGCAGCCUCUAAAAGUGGAUCGAGGCCAGUCUGAACCGACCAGGCUCUUUUAGGGCUCCACUGUCUGUCCUGCCAUAUCUUUGUUUACAAUGAAACCCCCACUAACUGACUUUCAACCUACAUCCUUUCUAACACGCACAAAUCAUUCCAUUAAAAAAAUAAAAUUUAUUAAAAGCU